AUGCCUUCCAUCACGCAGACCCUCGUUUCUCUUCUGUCAGCCGCAUACGUCGGCCAAGUCCAGGCGGUUGACCCGUCCGUCGAUCUUGGCUACACCAAGCUGCGGGGCGUCGCCGAGCCGGGCGGUGCGACGCGAUGGUUGGGCGUCAGGUAUGCCGCGCCGCCGCUGGGCCAGCUCCGGUUCGCCGCGCCGGAGGACCCCCCGAGCACGACCGAGGUGGUCGACGCUUCGAGUUUCCGCCCGAUAUGCCUCGCCCGGAGUGCGUCAGACUUCACGAUGAAGCCCAACAAACGCUUCACGCCCGACGAGGACUGCCUGUACCUCAACAUCUUCGCGCCGUCCAACGCGACGUCCGAGUCGAAGCUGCCGGUCCUGUACUUCAUCCAGGGCGGGGGCUUCCAGUCCCUCUCCAACGCCAACUUCAACGGCAGCGAUCUGGCCGUGUUUGGAAACAUUCUGGUGGUCCAGGUCAACUACCGCGUCGGGCCCUAUGGUUUCCUGCAGAGCAAGGAGGUUCAGGACGGGGCGAGCUUGAACAACGGCUUGAAGGACCAGAUCCAGGGGUUGAAGUGGCUGAAGAAACACGUCGCUGCUUUCGGAGGAGACCCGGAUCACAUGGUCAUGUCGGGCGACUCGGCCGGCGCGACGUCUGUGGCCAUGCUCCUCGCCGCGUUCGGUGACAACGACCCGGGCUUGAUCAAGGGCGCCAUCAUGGAGUCGGUCUCGGUCGCGACCAUCCGCACGCUCGAGGAGGGCCAGGAGCAGUACAACUGCCUCACCAACGCCACCGGCUGCGACAAGCAAGCCGACACCCUGGCCUGCCUCCGCAGCGUCAACGCCACGGCUCUCCAGACGGAAGACUGCCAGUUCAACCCCAACUUCGACGACGACCUCGUCAAGGCCUCGACGUUGCAGUCGUUCGCCGAGGGUAAGUACCUCAAGGUCCCGACCAUCGCCGGCACCUGCACCGACGAGGGGACCAAGAACGUCGACCAGCAGACGGACACGAUGGACCAGGCCCUCAAGGCCAUCAACGACCAGGCCACCCAGUCCCUCAGCAACGCCUCCCUCGCCCUGCUCCAGGAGACGUACCUCGACAAGCCGGAGCCCGUCUUCCCGAACUCGGGCAAGCUGUGGCGCCAGCUCGCCAACGGCUUCGGGGACUUCAGGCUGCACUGCAUCACCAAGGCGUUCCAGGACGCCAUGGCCCGCGACGGCGUCAAGACCUUCAACUACCGGUACGGCGUGCUCGACGAGGAACAGGAGGCCCUCGGCUUCGGCGCCUACCACACGGUCGAGCUCAACGGCGUCUUCGGGCCCAACAACACGGACGGCGACCCGCCCAAGAGCUACUCGACCACCAACGCGCCCAUCGUGCCGCUGACGCAGGCCUACUGGGCCAGCUUCGUGCGCACGCUCGACCCCAACGCCGCCGCCAUCAUGGCCGGCAUGCCCGAGUGGAAGGCCUGGACCGUCGACGGCAAGCAGAGGCUCCUCUUCCAGAACAACACGGGCACCAUGGAGGUCAUGCCCACGACCCAGCAGGACAACUGCGCGAUGCUGGGGCCCAUGAUCCCCUUCAUCGAGACGCCGGCCACCGACGCCCAGAAGGCCUCGGUCCAGCUGCAGAAGGUCUCCGGGUCGUCGUCCGCCGACGACACGGGCAUGGAGUCGGAGUCGCCGAAGGGCGCCGAGGGCAACGGGACGAAGCACGACGGGGGGGGCAUGGAGUCGGGGUCGCCGAAGGGCAACGGGACGAAGCAUGACGGGGACAAGGGCGAAGGCGGGAAGGGAGGCGGCGGCAAGGGGGCCGGUGGGAAGAACGGCACCGGCUCCGCCCCUUCGGGCACGCCGCCGGCCGCGCCCAGUUCCGCGACGAGCAUCGGUUACGGGUUCUCGGGGGUGUUGUCCGCCAUGCUCGUCGUGUGCGUCGGUCACUCUUUGCUGGCUUGGUAG